CGUACUAAGCAACUUUUGCUCCGCGCGAUAUCUUGAGCAUCUUUGCGACAUCUCACAUCUCACCCUACCGUUCACCAUCGCACUCUCCAACCAAUGGAUUCAUUCUCCACCUUCGACCUGUCAACUUUUGAACCCACAUCAUCAUCAUUACCCAUCUCGUCUGCACACCAGACUGAAGAUGACGACAUCCUCAGACAACUAGUUGACGAAGACACGAAACUGGGAUACGCAGGUUACUGUGUAAUCGCCUAG